AUGGCAACAAUAAUCACUGCUGAGGACUCUGGUAAGAAACAUUUUAUUGGAUAUCCAUCAGAACCAAUGUUAUCAGAAGCAGCAUUGACACUGCUAUCAAAGCCUGGCAUUGAGCUUGAUGUACUGAAGGAGCUAGAUUUAGUUAGAAAAAAAGAAAAACUGUGUGUAAGAAUACUGCUGCUAAGUACAAGGCAUCAGCAGAUACUAUCCUUCAGAGAAAAUUGUGAGAUGAAUCCACUUUGCAGCACUGUUGGGAUUGAGGUGCAGCUAUCAUCUACUAGUGCAACCAGCCAGGUGAAAAAUCAUACAAGACCUGAAAGCAGAAGUGUGCAGAAUUAUGCUGUUGCUACUGGCCUCUGGACAUCAAUAACACUGUGUAAAACAUGUGCACAUUUAGAGAAUUCUUCUGUUGGUAUUUAUAUUCAAAUUGGUAAAGCAUAUGCAAAUAACCCAAAGUUUGAAACAUACUAUUAUGGUAAAGGAAAAAAUCAUUGUGGAAAGAUGAUGUUUAACUUUUCUAACAAUACUGAGAAAGCAAACAGGUUGGUAGUUCUUGGCUUGAGUUGCUUCAAGCUUGAUCAACAAUAUUAUGAGGUCAUUCAGAGUCUCCUGCAGUCCUGGAUUGAUAUAUCAAUGAUCUGUAGACCAACAGAAUUCAAAUUCAUAUGUAGGAUGUUUCCAGUUGUCUAUGGCUCUUGUGCUACCAAAAGGGCAAAGGAGAUAAAUGAUGAUAGUGAUGAAGAUGCAAAGGAUUAUUUGAUUAAUAAAAGAUGGAAAUCUGAUGAACAAGUGGAACAAGAUGAGGAAUGGUCUGAAGAAUAUGAAUAG